AUGAGCAAGAAAAACAACAAGAAGAAGAUUAAGAAACCAUCACCACAACCGAAGAAUGCUCGUGUUAUUCGAUGGCUUUCAGAACUGGAUUACCAUCCUUUACAAAAGAAAAAUAAUGAUAUUACCAAUAAUGAUAGGAAUUCCAAGACAGAUGUCGAGUUAGAGCAAUUGCUAAAUAUGAUUAGAAUUCCAAUUCAAAUUGAGAAAUUUAUGGGUUUUACAUUAUUAGCGUCCUUAGAUUGUUUCUUAUACUAUUUCACUGUGUUGCCUAUUAAGAUAGGUGUAAGAUUAUUUAGUACAACAACUACUACAUCUAGAUUAGCAAGAACAUAUAAGGAACGUGUAACUUUAUUUUUGAUAAUAAGUGUUACGAUUAUUAUAAGUCAUUUGGACACUUCAAAAGUUUAUCAUAAGAUCAAGAGACAAAGUGCUAUGAAACUUUAUAUGUUAUUUAAUGUCCUUGAAAUUGCUGAUAAGAUGUUAGCCACAAUAGGUCAGAGCUUACUGAGUGUAUUGUUAACAAAGACUAGUUAUAGGAAUAUGAGAGCUAAACAAUUAUCCCUGAUCUUACUUAGUUUAAUUUACCUUGUAUGUCAUACAAGUGUAUUAAUUUAUCAAACAAUAUCUUUAAACGUUGCAGUGAAUUCAUAUUCCAAUUCAUUAUUAACAUUAUUAUUAUCAUUACAAUUUGCUGAGAUUAAAAGUUCUGUAUUCAAAAAAUUCGAUAAAGAAAGUUUAUUUCAAAUUACAAUGGCAGAUUCAAUGGAAAGGUUUAAAUUAUUAGUAUUAGUAAUAAUCAUAAUGUUAAGAAAUCUUGGUACUUCAGCCCCAAUUCAUUUAAAUUUUAUUCCAAUAUUUGAUAGAAAGUUAUUAAUUACUUUAAUAUCAUUACCAAUAAUUAAUAUUUUUAUAUCAGAAAUUUUAGUCGAUUGGAUUAAACAUGCUUAUAUUACGAAAUUUAAUAGAAUACGACCACAAAUUUAUGAUAAAUUUUUUUAUAUCAUGUAUCGAGAUCAUGCUACAAAUCAACAAGAUUAUCAAGAACGAUUAGGAUUACCCAUGCUAGCAUAUGUCACGUUAAGUAUUGUUAUGUUACGUACUUCAUUAUUUUACCUGUUUGAAUCUACUCAAUGGUCUAAAAUAACUAUCUCAAUAGUUCUAACUCUAAUCUGGUUUAUUAUUUUACUCACAUUAAGACAAAUGACACAUCAAAUUCUAUUUAAAUGGGGGGUUAACAUCCAAUCCGAGUGGGAAUUACACAGACGAUCCACAUUGGUUAACUCUAAUGACUAUGUUCCAGGGCAUAUAGUCGAUGGUAUUGGUAAGAUGGACACUAACACAAGAGAAAUCAUUCACGAUUCUGAAACUGCUGUUCCUCCAGAUAACACGGAAAAGAGGAACAAUCGCGACCUCCACAAGCCAGACUCUCUCACAGGCAUCACAAGGUACACAAUGGUAUCGAAAGCCAUCUGGUAA